AUGCCUUACAAGACGGUGUUGUUUUUAUUGACCUUGUGUUCUGAACGGUGUUUUCGUUGUCAUUAUUUGCUGUACGAAAACGCUGUAACACAGACCACCUGUCUCUGUAACGUUACAACAGAUGAUGACGAGUGUGCGGAAGGGAGUGACAACUGCGCCCAGUUGUGCACGAACACGGUGGGCGGUUUUACCUGCUCCUGUUGGGAGGGGUACACACUGCACGCUAACGGCUGGUUCUGUCAUGGCCCAAAGGUGGAUCUGUAUGUGGAAAUGCAGUAUCCCAGAGUUGACGUGACAAGUACUGGUAACACUGAGGUCCUUUGUCGGCCUACCCUGGGGGACCUGACUUUGAUCAAUGGCUACCACGUCGGUAUCAAGUUGGACACAGGUUACGGCACCAACAUUAACUACCUGACGUACGGAGAUGACUACACUAGUAUAAUAUUAGGUUCCACGGGUAGCAGCUACGGGCUCAGGCUAUUUGACGACGCCGGGAACUUCCGAGUCAACGCCUUCUCCUGCCAGACGACUCGGAAUGGAUUAACACGUGAAGUUAUCGGCUUUACCAUUCUCACUACGGCUUACUUCCACCCACAGUCGUUCACUGUCACGGUCAACAUCAACGAAACCGCGACGCUUUCCAUGUUUGAGUACAACCCGGCCCCUGGCGGCCACAACGGUACUACAGAGUGGAGGAAGGACGGUUCUGUGCUGCCUGGGAGCUACACGGAUUGCAUCCUGGUUAUUGAUAACGUUCAGAUGUCUGAUGAAGGCCUGUAUGAGUGUUACUACACGGGAAGGUACAGUGACAACAAGCAAGGCAUCAUGAGGCUGAUCGUCAGAGAGUGUCCUGAAGGGAAGUGGGGUCCUCCAAACUGCACCUCCUCGUGUGAAGAGUGUUACAAUGGCGGCGUGUGUGAUGACGAAACGGGGCAGUGUAUCUGUGCACCUGGAUUCGGCGGCUUGCACUGCGAUCUAGGCUGCUCAGUUGGUUACUUUGGAGACUCCUGUAUCAGCCGCUGUGCUCACGGCAACUGUCAGAACAAGAUCGUCUGCGGCCCGGACCCCUUAGGCUGCCGAUGUAUAGCGGGGUUCCAUGGAUCUUUCUGCAACACAUACUGUUCGUACGGCACCUACGGCUCAGACUGCCUACAGACGUGCCACUGCGCCACCGGGGACCAUGUGUGCAACAUAUACACCGGCGUGUGUAGCAGUGGUGGGUGUGCCGUAGGGUGGGAGGGCACGUCGUGCCACAAAGGUAGGUAUAGUUGUACCUGGUCCUAUACCUGUCACUGA